AUGCCAGUGAUUCCAAAAAUUCCAAAAACUUUGAAAGAAUAUCAAAUAAUCAUUGAAUAUCUUCAGUCAAAAACUAUACCAAAUGAUAUUCAACAAGACCCCACAAAAAAAUCCAAUUUUAUUCGUCGUUGCAAAAAAUUUGAAGUUGAUAAAAAUAAUUUUCUUUAUGACAAACCGAUUAUGAAAAAUGGUAUAAUAUUGAAAAAAUGUCGUGUAAUCCCUAAAUAUGAUAAAGAGAUAUGUGCUUUAAUUUUGAAACAUUUUCAUGAUCAAGCAAAUCAUCGGGAGUAUCACAAGACUUUCUCUGCAAUUUCAGAAAAACAUAUUGGAAUUACACAAGAGGAAAAUGUGAUAUCAACAGCACCAUGGCAGCAUAUUCAAAUUGAUCUAAUCGAUUUCCGAGAUUUUGCUAAAGUCAAUAAUGAUUUUGCAUGGCUACUUACAUGUAUUUGUGUGUUUUCUAAAUUUCUGAUUGCAGUUCCUAUGAAGAAUAAGGAAGCAAGCACAGUCGCGACACAUCUUCUAAAAGAUGUUUUCAAAGUUCUUGGACCCCCCAUAAUUAUCCAAAGUGACAAUGGUAAAGAGUUUGUUGCAAAAAUUAUUACUGAAAUUUGUGGAGCUCUUAAUAUUACAAUCAGGCAUGGUAGGCCUCGCCAUCCACAGUUACAAGGUCAAAUUGAGCGACUUAACCAGACAAUGGGCCGUGAUUUUACUAAGUUGUUGUGGGAUCAAAGUAACCAGUUACAGAGAAAAGACUGGAUUAAUGUAAUUGACAUGUUUGUUAUGUCAUAUAAUUCAACUAUCCACAAAGCACAUGGCUGCACCCUGCACAAAGCAAUUUUCGGAUGGAAAAUGCAUUGUGUAUAUGAUACACCCGAUUUCUCCAGAACUAUCACCGCUUCUGAAACUUCCACCUCUGAGACCAUUACCACCAUCUCUAAGACCACUGUUUUUGAAACCACCACCUUCAAAACUAUAACAGAUGAAACUGCUAUAAAACAAUGCAUUUCACAUAUGCUCAAAAUUCACCAAUCCAUAAAUGCUUUACUUGAAAAGUAUCAUGAAAAGUUAGGCCAUAAUAAUGUGCAUAGAAAAAAAACGGCAAAUAAUACAAUUGAAACUGGAACUAAAGUUGCUAUUGUGCCCAAUUAUGAUAUGAAUCAACAAACUCACAAGAAAAAGUUGCAGCCGACCUUUUCAGAACAAGGUGUUUUUAAGUCCCUCAAGUCCAAUAAUCACACUGCAAUUGUUGAAGUAAAUGGCAAAGAUGUUCAAAUUCCUGUCAAAUGGGUCCGGGCUAUAAAGAAAAAAUUGUAA